AUGGAUGAUAAUGAACAACAACAGCAACACGGCCUUGAUACAUGCCGAAAUGAACCGCAAAAGGUACAAAAUAUUGUUAAAGAAGCUAUUUUAAAUUGUGAUUAUCGCUUAAUUGAUACAGCAUGGAUUUAUCAAAAUGAACAUGAAGUUGGUAAUGGUAUACAUGAAGCAAUUGAACAAAGUCAAGGACAAACAAAACGUGAAGAUUUAUUUAUAACAACUAAAUUAUGGAAUCAACAUCAUACUCCAGAAGAAGUUGAAUGGGCAUUACGUGAUAGUUUAAAAAAACUUCAUGAAAAAACACGUUAUUUUGCUGAAAAUGUAACACUUCGUGAUACGUGGAAAGCUAUAGAAAAUUUAGUUGAUCUAAAAUUAACACGUUCAAUUGGUAUAUCAAAUUUUAAUGAAUCAGAAAUUAAAGAAAUACUUAAAAUAGCUCGUAUAAAACCAACUGUACAUCAAAUUGAAUUACAUCCAUAUUGUAAUCAACAUAAUAUGCAUCAAUAUUGUAUUAAACAUAAUAUUUCUAUAAUUAGUUAUUGUCCAUUAUCAAAUUUAAAACGAGAAAAUGAACAUGAUGAAGAUGUAUCAGCAUUAUAUAAUCCUAUUAUACAAGAAAUAGCAAAAUCAAAACAUAAAACAACAGCACAAAUUAUUCUACGUUGGCAUCUUCAAAACGGUCUUAUUGUUAUACCAGAAACUACAACAUCAGAAAAAUUAAUUGAAUAUUCCGAUCUAUUCGAUUUUGCAUUAUGUGAUCAUGAAAUGUGUCAAAUUGAUCAAUUGGGUGAUACAAAUCGUCGACGUAUAGCUAGUCCACUAUUUCGUCCACCUAAUAAUAAACCAAUAUUGAUGGUUGAAUAUGAAAAUUAUUAUCAUAUGUAA